AUGGCUACUUGGGGUGCUAUGCUGAAGCAAUUAGAUUUUAAAAAUAACCCUUCAAAGGUCAUCUCUGUAUUCAAAGCCAUGCAAAGAACAAAACAAAAUGACCCACUUAUUAAUAAUAUUGACCCUUAUGUUUAUGCUUCAUUGGUCAAAGCUUGUAAGAUAGUAUUAGGUGUUCAUGAAGGUAAAUCUAUACAUUGUCAUGUAAUAAGGCUUGGUUUAGAUUGCAAUGUCAAUGUUUUGAAUAGUUUGAUUUACUUUUACAUGGGUGCUAAUAACUUGGUAACCUAUGCAUGCCACUUGUUUGAUAAAAGUCCUGACAGGACAAUUGUCACUGUUAAUAGUAUGGUUUCUGGGUUUUUGAUCAAUAAGGAGUUUGAUAAAGGUUUCAGAUUUUUCAACGAAGUUCUUGGAGGUAAAUUUGGUAUUUAUUUGAAGCCAAAUUAUGUUACUUUGAUAAGUUUGAUUUCAGGGUGUGUUGAUGAUGGGAGGUUUACUAGUGGGACUUCGCUUCAUGGUUAUUGUUGCAAAACAGGUUUAGAUUUGAUAGUUGAGGUGUGUAAUUCACUUAUUGACUUCUAUUUUAAAUAUGGGGAAAUUGAUAUUGCAGAGAAGUUGUUUAAGACAAUGGUUGAGAAGGACUUGGUUUCAUGGAACACUAUGAUUGCAGGGUAUGCUAGGAGUAAUAGUAAUUGUACGGAAGCGUUUUCUUUGUUUAGAGAAAUGCGGCAUAGGAAUGUGGAAUAUGAUACUGUAUCAUUUAUUAACUUGAUUUUGGCUUGUGCUAAUGGUAGACGCCUUGAUAUGGGGAAGACGGCUCAUGGAUGUGUAAUAACAAGUGGAGAUGAGAUGCAGGUUUCUGUUCGGCCUGUGCUUAUUGCCAUGUACUCUAAAUGUGGUUUGAUAGAGUUUGCAAGGAAAAUCUUUGAUGCUCUUUCUGAUAAGAAUAUUGCAUCUUGGAAUUCCAUGGUAUAUGGAUAUGUUGACUAUGGGCUUGACAGUGAAGCUUUGAGGCUCUUUCAUUUGAUGAAGUAUAGAAAAAUAAAAGCAGAUGAGAUGACAAUGCUCGGAUUUAUCUCUGCCUGUCGGAAUUCUGAUCAACUAUCUCAUGGAAUUGAUGUUCAUGCAUACAUACAGAGUAAUGAUAAUCUGAAUAGGAGUCAUGUACUGCAAAAUGCUCUUAUAGACAUGUACGCGAAAUGUGGGAACAUGGCUCGAGCUAAAUCUGUCUUCGAUGAGAUGCCCAAGAAGGAUGUAAUUUCAUGGACAUCAAUGAUAGUUGGUCAUGCCAUCAAUGGAGAGGGAGAGGAAGCCCUUUGCGCUUUCAGGCAAAUGUGCGCGGAGAAAGUUAAGCCUAACUCUGUCACAUUCAUUGGUGUUUUGUUAGCCUGUGCCCAUUCAGGUUUAGUUGAAGUAGGUCAAAACUUGUAUGAUACUAUGUGCAGUGUUUACAAUGUUGAGCCACAGAUUGAGCAUUAUGGAUGCAUGGUUGAUAUGCUUGCACGAGCAGGAAUGUUAGAGGAGGCUACGAGGUUUGUGAAGAAAAUGUCAGUAGAACCAAAUGCAGUUCUUUGGAGGAUUAUGAUUAAUGGUUGCAGAGUACAUGGGGAUGUUGAUCAGGGGUUAAAUUUGGUUAAUAGCCUUGUAAAAUUAAAGAUGUCACGUAGUACUGAUGAUCAUGUUAUUUCUUCCAACAUUUUUGCUGAAGCAGGGAGAUGGGAUGAUGUUCUUCUUGAAAGAAGUAAAAUGAUGGCUCGAAAAGCUUCAAAAAUUGCAGGCAAAAGCUCUGUUUCAGUUUUAACAGAUUAA